AUGAACGCAACGCAGGUGAAGGUGAUGAAGGUUGGUGCAUGCUUCGGAGAGGCUGGCCUAUUGCAUGGAGCUCUCCGAAACGCGUCCAUUGUGGCAUCGGAGCAUUGUCAGUUGGGCGCCAUCAGCAAGAGCCUUUUUGAAGCUGAGUUGCGCGCGGCAUACCUCGCCCGGGAGCAGAAGAGAGCAAACUUCCUGCGGGAACACUUGCCAAAAACAUCGGUUGGCGGAGAUCAUGCACAGAUACUCGGCGGCUUCUUCUCAGAGCAUCAGGCUCACCGUGGAAAAGUGCUGUGCACUGCGGGCAAGCCCUGCGAUCGACUGAUGAUCAUCCGGGAUGGGCUUUGCAAAGUCCGCUCACGCCAAGACGGGCUUAUGCAGGAUGUUGGUGAAAUAGGGAAAGGCCAGUUUGUUGGCCUUUCGACCGUUGGAGCCAUCGAGACUGAGCCCUUUACCAUUGUUUGUGCCAGCUCGGAGGUGGGCCUUUUGCGUAUGGAUGCUGCUGACGUACGGACGCGCGUUCCUGCAGAUCUCAAAGAGGCAAUUUCCAGUGUGGGAACACAGAUGUUUUCUCGAAUGCAACGGCGUGCGGAUUUCUUGAAGGAGGCUCUGAUGACAUCUCUAGGGGAGCUCGAAUUGCAGGGUCUCCCAGAGCCAGCCAAGCCUUCCAGUCGCCUCCCCAGGGCACGCACGCCUCGAGACUCGGGCGGCGAGGUUAACGAAGCUCACAGGAGGCAGCUUCAGAGGCUGAUGGAGAAGCAGCAGCGCGAAUGGGAGGAUUUGGCAACAACAGCUGCUACGCAAUGGUCGCCGACUUUGUUUGCUGACAAGCAGAAGGAAAAGGAUCGGCUUAUCAGGCAGCUGCACAGCCGGGACACAAAGACUCACAGGCUUUUGCGCGAGAAUGCGACGUGGCAACAUGAGAAGCACUUGACACUGACUCGACCAGAGCUCCGGGAGAAGGUAAGCUGCCGCAAGAUCUCGGGCGAGAUCCGCGCUGGACUUUUCUUCCCUGGGGCAGUUCAAAAGCGUGGAAUGCAGCAAAUGCACCGCCUUGAUGCAGUUUGGCUCCCAUCAUCGCCAUACUCAGAGGUGCUGAAGCCUUCUAGGGUGGGCGCCAGCCUGGCGAGGGCACCAAGUCCAUCACCGGUGCUACAGCGGGUCAUGGCCGUGCCGCUCUCUCCCUCUCUGAGAUCUCCACAUCUUUGUGUGGAUGAAGAAGAUGAAGACGCAGUGCUUUGCUGCAUGCCGUUUCCUGCAGAGGGUGCGAAGAAUGAGACAUUUGAGGUGGAACCAGUCUUGGAGGACUGCGAUGCAACUCCUGCCAAAGCUUGCAGGGGCAAGGGGCAUGCGCCGCCGGCAAGGUCAAAGCAGGGAGAAGCAGACAACCGCCCCUUCUUCGUACUGCACGAGAAACAGUACUCCUGUGAGACGCUGCAGCAGGAAGCCAUGCUACCGUUUCGAUCCCGGGCUGCACCGCUUGCUGAGUCACAGGUGACUCAGAUAUCUGAUGAUACAGCCAAGGUUCCCCUGGACGUGACUCUGAAGCCUACGCCUCCUGUCACACGAGCUUCUUCUUCCCACGUCAGCACGGAGAAGCGCCGAAAGCUGCUGCGAUGUCAGAGAGGCCGAAAUGCAGGUCCAGUCCAAGUGCCAAAGGCGCGAAUUACGGCACCUGACACAGUGAAGGGCUUGGAGGGUCUCCAUAAGCUCUACAGCGAGAAGACGGGCACUCUGGGCCAGGAGGAGAUUGCUUUGCUGAUGCUCCGUCAGCAAGAGGAGGAAGUUUGGGAGCAGGAAUUAAACUUGACGUGGAGGCCUAGCCCACAGCCCUGA